AUGCUUGAAAAUGAUGGCUCAGCUCCCGGUAUCGCUGGCCCCGUCCACUCUACAAGACCAUCAAAAGAACAGAUUCAGACAGAGCUAGCCUUAAGUGGCGGGAAAGAUGUCGACACAGAGCCAAAGCCGGUCUAUGAAUUGGACAAUCAUCUCACAGAGACGCUAUUAACCAUAUUCGAGAAUGGAGACUGA